GCUGCCAAUAUGAACAUCCGCCGUGCUUGGCCCGAUGAUCUGAUGAACAUGCAGCCCUACAACCUGCUGUGCCUGUCUGAGAACUACCAGAUGAAGUACUACUUCUACCACAGCCUCUCUUGGCCCCAGUUCUCCUACAUUGCUGAGGAUGAGGAUGGCAAGAUCGUGGGCUAUGUCCUGGCCAAGAUAGAGGAGGACCCCCAUGAUGUCCCUCAUGGACACAUCACCUCACUGGCUGUGAAACGUUCGCGCCUCAGCCUGGCCCAGAGGCUGAUGGACCAGGUCUCGCGGGCCAUGAUCGAGAACUUCAGCGCCAAGUAUGUGUCCUUGCACGUGAGGAAGAGCAACAGGGCGGCCCUGCACCUUUAUUCCAACACCCUGAACUUCCAGGUUAGUGAGGUGGAGCCCAAGGUCUAUGCAGAUGGAGAAGAUGCAUACGCCAUGAAACGAGAUCUCUCCCAGAUGGCAGAGGAGCUGAGACGGCAGCUGGUACUGAAGAAGGGCAGAUACGUGGUUCUGGGUUCCAAGGAGAAUCAGGGCAGCACACUUGCUGGUUCUGAAGAGGCCUGUCAGCAGAACCUGGCCGGAGAUGACAGUGGCAGUGACAGCAGAGACAGCGCUGAUGUCCAAGACAGCUUGCAAGACUUGGAUUCCACCUCCUAGAGCCCGCUCCAGCAUCGUAGGUUCUUGCAUUUCAGCCACAGUUUUCUUGGGAACCCUGGCUGUGCUCUGCAGUAUUUACUCUGGAGUCACCCACAGUGACCCAAAUGGCUUCUCAUUGUCAUCGCUUAGCAGCAGCCUUCCACAUAACCUAAUCAUGA